AUGACAUCGGGAUCAUCUGUCCUGAAGAAGCAGUUCGUCAUGUUCAGGGCCAUUUGGCCAGACACUCUGACUCCCCACGACUUUGAGAAUCACCUGGUCUCCCUCGGAAUAGGAACAGAGUGGGCUGCCGCCGUACAGGUUGUGAACGCCUCGGAGGAAUUCAAGAGAUACCUUGUAAUUGUGGAGAACAGGUGGGCUAUAAGUGAGCUCAGUGAGGGCAAUACGUUCUGGCCCGGAGCUUUCCAACCUGUACAACGGUGGCAGGAGAGGGUCAUGACCCCUACGGGGAAAAGAGAACCACCCGCCUCAGAGAACAAGAGCCCCCAGAUUAGAGGAAGAAGGCAGAGAAUUCGAGACACAUUCUCUUCGCUCCGGGUGGCUUCUGGCCGAGGAGUAACUGACAGAGAUGUUGAGAUCGGGGAUGCCCCUGCAGCAUCCAUGACCCUUUCCCCUCUGCCCCUAGGCCCCAAGGCUGAUGAUGAGACGCUAGUCGUCAUUGCUCUUGUACUCCUAUUGGAUCGACUUGCGCACAUGAUUCCUAACAUGAUCGUAGAAUGGGACGCCGGCCAUAAUAGGAUGUCGGCAGAAUUCGAAUCUGCAGAAUACACUGCCAUCACCGAUGGCUGUCUAUGGUCAAAGAAUGACAGAAUCCCGAAGGCCAUACUUGACAUGAAGCGACACCCUCCACAGAUUCCCCGUUUUUUACUUCCUCAAUGCCCGUGGCGGCCAGGUUGCUAG